AUGGAGAAGUUUAAGUUACCUUCAUUCGGCAGGGCUACGGCGAAUCAUGUUCCCCCAGAUAUGAGUAACGUGGAUUCAAAAGCUCGACAUUUAUACGUUGCAAAUUGUCCGAACAACUCAUAUGCGUUGGCAAACGUUGCAGCAGUCUCUCCAGCUGACUUUCCCGAUAAUAUAUACAUAUUGGUGGACAAUUUGUUCGUGUUCACUACCAGGCAUUCAAAUGAACUCGCCGCAGGCACAAUCGGUUUUAAUGGUAACCAGCGGACUUGGGGAGGAUGGUCGUUGAAUCAAGAGGUUCAAGCAAGAGCGUUUGAUCUUUUCAGGUAUUCUGGAAAGCAUUCUUAUCUCGGCUCUAUUGACAUCGACAUUUCCUUUAGAUCGAGGGGCAAGGCGGUAAAUACCGCCUUCGACCAGGACGAACUGGCACUGCACUUCUCUAAGUGCUUUGAAUCUCAGAUUUUUUCUCCUACCCAGUAUUUGAUCUUUGAAUUCAAGGGUCAUAUAUUCGAUUUGAAGAUAAGAAAUCUGCAGACAAUUGACCUAGGAGAGGUUGAACCUGUGGCCCCGGUGUCGUCUGGGAUCGAGGCCAAGGGCAUACUGACCAAGCAAACGCAGAUCAACUUUUUUAAAGGAAGGGAUGGUCUUGUCAACCUGAAGGCUAACAAUUCCUUGAGGCCUAGGUCCGACGCUGUGAUUAGGGCUGAUUUUAAGUUUGAAGACCUUGGAGUCGGAGGGCUUGACAGGGAGUUUACCAAGAUUUUCAGAAGAGCUUUCGCCAGUAGGAUUUUCCCCCCAUCGGUCAUCGAAAAGCUGGGUAUCUCGCACGUUAAAGGCCUUCUCUUGUAUGGACCUCCAGGUACGGGUAAGACGCUGAUCGCUAGAAAGAUAGGGACUAUGCUGAAUGCGAAAGAACCCAAAAUAGUCAACGGUCCCGAAAUCCUGAGUAAAUACGUUGGGUCCUCUGAGGAAAACAUUCGUAAUCUGUUCAAAGAUGCAGAAGCUGAAUACAGGGCAAAAGGUGAAGAAUCAUCCUUACAUAUCAUCAUCUUCGAUGAGCUGGAUUCGGUUUUUAAGCAGAGAGGCUCUCGUGGUGAUGGUACGGGUGUUGGUGACAAUGUCGUCAAUCAGCUCCUAGCCAAAAUGGAUGGUGUCGAUCAGUUGAACAACAUUUUAGUCAUCGGUAUGACAAAUAGAAAAGAUUUGAUUGACAAUGCGCUACUACGGCCUGGCAGAUUUGAAGUGCAAGUAGAAAUUCAUUUACCUGACGAAAAAGGUAGACUUCAGAUCUUCGAGAUUCAGACCAGAACGAUGCGUGAGAACAAAAUGAUGGACAAAGACGUUAAUCUGGCAGAGUUGGCCGCAUUAACUAAGAAUUUCUCUGGUGCCGAAAUCGAGGGUUUAGUUAAGAGUGCCAGUUCCUUUGCUAUCAACAAAACAGUCAGCAUUGGCAAAGGAGCUACCAAGCUGAAUCCCAAAGAUAUCGCCAAACUGCGGGUGACUCGUGAGGAUUUCUUGAAUGCACUCGAAGAAGUCACACCCGCCUUCGGUAUUAGCGAGGAAGACCUCAAAACCUGUGUGGAAGGUGGAAUGAUAAGAUAUUCGGACCGAGUGGACUCUAUCUUGAAGAACGGCGGUCGCUAUGUUCGCCAAGUGCGCGAAAGCGAAAAGUCGAGACUUGUUUCAUUGCUCCUUCACGGUCCUGCAGGCUCUGGUAAGACCGCUUUAGCCGCCGCCAUAGCCUUGAAAUCCGAAUUUCCUUUCAUCAGAUUGAUCUCUCCUACAGAGUUGUCCGGCAUGUCUGAGGGUGCUAAAAUCACCUACAUCGAUAACACUUUCAGAGAUGCUUACAAGUCCCCGCUAAAUAUUCUGGUUAUCGAUUCUCUGGAGACAUUAGUGGAUUGGGUCCCCAUUGGCCCAAGGUUUUCAAACAACAUCCUGCAAGUUUUGAAGGUUGCCCUAAAACGCAAGCCGCCUCAAGACCGUCGCCUGCUACUCAUGACCACAACUUCUGCCUAUUCCGUAUUACAGCAAAUGGACAUCUUAAGCUGCUUUGACAGUGAGAUUGCCGUUCCUAACAUGACGACCAUGGAUGAGUUUAAUAACGUCAUGAUCGACUCAAACUUCUUGAGCGAUGAGGAAAGAGUUAGCGUGAUAAAUCAGCUGUCGCAGCUUUGUCCGAAACUCAACAUAGGCAUCAAGAAGGCCUUGACAAACAUCGAGACCGCUAGACAUGAUGAUGAUCCGGUCAGCGAGAUUAUCGAGCUGAUGGCUCAAUCUUCAUAG